GUCUCAGGUGAGCAGCUGUUUGCCGACGUGGCUAAAGACAUUCUGCUGUACGUCUCCAGAGACCUGAGUGACAAGUCCGGAGGUUUCUACAGUGCGGAGGAUGCCGACUCUGUCCCGGCGUCGGGGGGGCCGGAGAAGAAGGAGGGGGGGGCAGAUAAGAUGGAGAAGAGGGAGGGAGCUUUCUGCGUCUGGACGGCGGCGGAGGUCCGGGAUCUGUUUCCAGAAGCUGUGGAGGGAAGCUCUGGAGCGACUCAGGCAGACGUCUUCAUGCAUCACUACGGGGUCAAAGAGCUGGGGAACGUGGAUCCAGAACAG